AUGAAACCGAUAAUUUUAGAAAAUUAUACCAUCGAUGGUUACCAAGGAUUUGGCAUAAAAUUAUUUACUUACGUAAAAGAAAUUUCCCUCGAUGGAAAAUACGUAUUAAAAAAUUUCUUCAUACCAGGAUUAUUUCCGGUUUAUGGAAAAGGAAACUUGGAAAAUUUAACUGCGGAUGUCGAAAUUGGUAUAAAUAAAAAUUUCACGACGGAUAAAUUUCAAAUCGAUAUAUCGAAAACAGACAUCAAAUUAGAUAGUUCAAAGGUAAAUUUAAGUAAUCUUUUUUUCGACGCCAAUUUAUCAAAUUUUGUUAAUCAAUUGAUAAGCGAAUUGAUUCCGAAAUUAUUCGAAAUUAUUUCCAACGAUGGUCUCGAAUUUUUCAAACCGGAUAUGGAAAAUUUCAUAAAUAAACUUUUCGAUUGUCUCAUACGUGAAAUGGGAAAUAUUGAUAAAUGUUUAAAUGAUAUUUUCAACGAUAAUGCGACGGAAUAA